AUGAGCCUUGAAUCCCAAAGCAGCAUUCGAAUGAAGCUGCAGUCUCUGAGGCAGCAGUAUGAGGCGGCGCAUCCACUGUCAAAGAAGGCAUUUGAGAAUGCUCAGCGUGUACUACCCGCUGGGUCAACACGAUCCGUUCUAGUAUCUGAUCCAUUUCCCUUGGUCGUCCGAUCCGCAGAGGGCGCCAAUAUCACCACGCUCGAUGACAAGAUACUUGAGGAUUUCAUCUCCGACUACUCCGCAGGUAUCUAUGGACACUCCCACCCAGCAAUUCAUGAAGCUGUACAGGAGGCUUUGGCGGUCGGCUUCAGUCUCGGGGGUGUGAUUGAAAAGGAAGCUGAACUAGCAGACGUCCUGGUCCGGAGAUUCCCAUCUGUUGAAAAAGUUCGAUUUUGCAACUCCGGCACAGAAGCGAAUACCUUUGCUUUGGCCACGGCGGUCGCUUAUACUGGGCGAAAGAAGAUCUUAGUCUUCGACUAUGGUUAUCACGGUGGCACAAUCGCCUUUCACGGAGCCAUGGGCAGCCCGAUGAAUCUUCCUCAUGAAUUUGUGGUUGGAAAGUUCAACAGUAUCGAAGAAACUGAGUCACUCAUCACUGAGGAAGUCGCCGCUAUUCUCAUCGAGCCGAUGCAAUCUGCUGGUGGGCUGAGGCCUGCCUCGGCGGAUUUCCUACACUUUCUCCGCCAGAAAGCGACCGAAGUUGGAGCUCUUCUAAUCUUCGACGAAGUCGUGACUUCCAGACUGCAUUACCAUGGCCUUCAAGGAGCCUGGGGUAUAAAACCGGACAUGACGACCGUCGGGAAGUACAUAGGGGGAGGAUUUCCAUUUGGAGCCUUUGGUGGCUCGGCCAGAAUCAUGGAUCGAUUUGAUUCACCCGACAGAACAAUCUCCCUUCACCACUCCGGAACCUUCAACAACAAUAUCUUUACGAUGUCCGCAGCUGUGGCUGCGUCAAAGUUAAUCAAUCCAACUGAGAUUGAACGGCUGAACCGAUUAGGUGAUCGCUCGCGGGAGGAAGGCAACAAAUUGGUCUCUAAAUUUGAUCCAAUGUUGUUCUCUGGACAUGGCAGUAUGAUUGGAAUCCAUUUCAAUGGGGAGCAUGCGAACGAACUUCGGGAAAUUUUCUAUUUCAGCCUCCUCAAUCGUGGUCUUUCUAUUGGGAGGCGGGGAUUCGUGGCUCUCAAUCUGUGUCACACACAUGCGUCAAUCGAUCGUCUUCUUGAUUCUAUCGCGGCAUUCGUGGUUGAGUUCAGUCCUUGGGAGCAAUAG